AUUCACUGCAGUCGCUUGUGGCUGGCGGCGUGUGACGGCCUCUGAGUGUCAGGCGCAUCGCUGCAGCGUCGUCACGUAGCUGCAGCAGAGGUACUGUAUGGAGGUGGCAAAACGAACGAAGCAUUUCCGCCCGUGAGUGGAGACACUAGGCACAGUGUGAGGAAAGGUGAUUAAUAAUCCUGUCUCCGUGUGAAGGAUCUUUAUUAAUGUUUUCCGCAAUGAAACCUCUUCAGCUAAUAAACAAAAACUUCAAAAUGCUAGGAUGCAUUCUGCUCCAACAGGGACCCGUUCCAGCUUUCCUGUCUACAUCCUGCCUUUCCCUUAGCAGGAAGAAAAAAGUAAAUGGUUAUGAGCACGUUGACCAAGAGAAAUAUGCAAAUUUGUUGAGGAUGGUCACAACUUCCAAGGCCAGUUCUCGGACACCAGAGGGGAUAUUUGAAGAAGACGGUUUCUUGUAUGGCAAAGUGGUGAAGUCAAAAGUUCCAUCCCAAGAAUCGGAACCUAAGGUCCCCCAGAACCGUGUUUCGCUGAACAACCCUAACAAAGUUUUGGCGCCUGUGGAGAACACAGAUCCCAGCAUACCAAUACAUAUUAGUCUACCAUCCAGGAGUCAAAUGACAAACGACAGACUGCCAAGUGUCACCCGAAUCCUACAGCAGACCAUGCCGAUGGAGCAGGCAUUUUACUUAGAAAGGUGGAAACAGAGAAUGAUAAUGGAACUGGGGGAAGAAGGGUUUAUAGAGUACACAGCAGCUAUCUUCUCCCAGGGAAAGAUGUUUCAUGCAAGGCUGGAGUAUCUGCUUUUGUCUGGAGAUGAGUUUACCCGGAAGCAGGAAGAAACCAAAGAGCUGUCUGGGUAUCUGGCCAGUGUGGAACAUGUCCUGUCUGACGUUGCAGAAAUAAAGACUCUGGAAAGUGCUGUUGUGCACUCUGAGCUGAAUUAUUUGGGAUUUGUUGACUGUGUGGCUCAGUAUAGGGAGAAGCUGUGCUUGAUAGACUGGAAAACCUCUGAAAAGCAGAAACCACAAUUAAAGAACACAUUUGACAAUCCUCUACAAGUUGCAGCAUAUAUAGGCGCUAUAAAUCAUGACCGUAAUUAUAACUUCCAAGUUGAUUGUGGACUCAUAGUAGUGGUUUAUAAAGACGGAUCCCCUGCACAUGCACAUUUUAUGGACCCCAGCGCUUGUUUACAUUACUGGGACAAGUGGCUGCUACGUCUGGAAGAAUAUAAAGAGAAAAAGGAGGAAAAACAAUAGUAACAUAAUGGCUAUAUACAGUAUGCCGUAUAGUAGAAGGCUUUAUCGCAUUUGUGAAUGUAAAGGUCUCGAUCAGGUUAUUUGGAGUGUAAUCUUCGUUAUUGGGAGAGCUGGACUUUUCCGGUGCACUUCUUCCUUCCUCUGUAAUGGAGCUUCUCAGUAGAAAAGUGCGGAAAACCACCUGAUAAAAUAAAAACGAUAAAGUUAGCAGUUAUUAGAUAUUAUGUAAUUAAAUAUCUUACAUUUUUACCAGGUCGUUAGUUUUUUAUUCGAUUAAAGGGAACUGUUUUUUUUUGUUGUUCUUUUUUUUUAAUCUGAAAUAUUAGUAUUGUUAUUGAUCUAAUUGGUACUGAUUAAAUAUGUAAACACUUCAAAAGAUGCUUACUUUAUUCUAAAACAUGCGAGUAUUGGUUUAAUCUCUGUCCGAGACAUCAGUUGACUUGUGGCAUGGUGCCCUGCUGAUACACUGGCCGAAAGGGUAUGGUGUACGUACGUGUACCUUCAUGGGAGUGCAAGGAUCAUCUGCACAAAUACUUGAGUGAUACUGCAUAGAGUGCACAUAGAUAAAUGGUUACAUUCUGCACUAGUGAGUUUUAAUCCGGAAUGGUCAGAUAUGCUAAAUUUCUAGGUGGGCCUGGCUGCUUGGUCAGGUGUUGACAAUUACAAGUCAUGUAUAUUUAGUGCUAAAUUAAUCACCCAUCAUAAUUAUCAAAUUAAAUCCAACACCAUUGCCAUUCAUUGUUAUAUUAUUUAAAAAAAAUACUUAUAUGAUGUGCAGUCAGUGUUGAUUAUAUAAAUACGAAGUUAUCGUAUCAUUAAAAACCUGUUACAUAUCACAGAUUUUCUAAUUGUUGAAUAAUAAACACAAACAUUAAAAUGGCACUCUGAGCAAUGGAGUGUCUUUAAGCUGAUCUCAGAGGUAGAAAUGGUCUGAGAUAUAGAUCUCAGUCCAUUGUUCCAAAGGCCAUCCCUUUGGUAAAGGGUGGCUAAUUUCUGUGUACAUCUGAUGCACUGCAUUGUAGCAAUAAUACAUUUGAAGAAUGAAACUGUGUUUGUUUGUGAUUUGCUUCAAUAAAAAAUGUUGCUAGAAAAGUU